GGGAGGAAGGGGGGGAGGAAGGGGGAGGGGGGAGCGCAGGUAAAGGUGAUCUGCUCCGUCGCGUCUCCUCCUCCUCAGGAAACAUACCGAUGAGUCGGCGACUCCCUUUGUUUUUCUCCAGUUUUGAUCCAACUGCGCAAACACAAGGAACAUGGUGAAAGAAGAGGAGGAGUCACCCAACCGGCCUGACAACACCGCCUUCACUCAGCAGAGGCUUCCGGCAUGGCAGCCCAUGCUCUCCGCUGGCAUCGUCAUCCCGGGUUUUGUCGUCAUUGGCCUGGUGUUCAUCGGCAUCGGGGUCGCCCUCUUCGUCACCUCGCGGAGCAUCACGGUGCUGGAGAUCGACUACACUGGGGUUGAGAAAGACUCGCCAUGCUUCAAGUGCAGCGACCCAGAUAUCAAGAAUUGCGGGUGCAAAGUGGACUUCUCCAUUGACACUCUCUUUGAGGGCCCCUUGUUCUUGUAUUAUGGUUUGUCCAACUACUUCCAGAACUACAGACAGUACGGUGCGUCUAAAGAUCUCACCCAGCUGUCCGGAGACCUGGCCAGUUUUAAGGAUCCCAGUGAUGUAUGUUAUCCAUAUGAUUACAGCGUCCAGAAACCAAUUGUCCCAUGUGGAUCAAUAGCAAACAGCAUGUUCAAUGACACCUUCAAGCUGUUUCACAUUGUCAAAGGGACAAGAAAGCAGGUGGCCCUGGAUGGAAAGGGGAUCGCUUGGUGGACGGACUACAACGUCAAAUUCAGAAACCCCCUGGUGAACCCUCUGAAAAACGCCUUCAACGGCACUACCAAACCCCCGUUUUGGCCCAAGCCUGCUUACGAGCUGGACCCCACUGACCCUGCCAACAACGGCUUCGACAACCAGGACUUCCUGGUGUGGAUGAGGGCGGCGGCUCUGCCAAAUUUCAGGAAGCUGUAUCGACGUAUCUCUGAGGGCGAAUACGAAAAGGGUCUGCCAGCCGGCAACUACUCUCUGGAAAUUGCCUACAAUUAUCCUGUUCUGCAGUUUGAAGGCAGAAAGAAGGUGGUGUUCAGCAACGUGUCCUGGAUGGGUGGCAAGAACGAGUUCCUGGGUAUUGCCUACCUCGUGAUUGGCUCAUUGUGCGUCGUCAUGUCCGUAGUCAUGCUCAUCGUCUACGCCAAAUUCAAGUUCCCCGAGGAGGACUAAUCUCUGGUCAUUGACUUUAGUUAAAUUUAUCUACUCUUCCCAGAUUAUUUUUUCCCACCCUUUUUUACUCAGUAAAUUGAUGACAGCACAGUUCAGUGCGCACAUACAGAGGAGUACAGGCUCAACCUAUGAACCGAGGCCACAUGUUGCUCUGGAGUGCAGAAGAACCUGCUGUUUAUUUUUGAGAGUUAAGACUUAAAUUUCUCCAUCGACUGCAUAUUGGGGAACUGGCUUUGUGGACGAUGUGGGAAUAUUUCUAAUUUGUACAUAUACUCGUCUUUUGGCACAUAUUUGACAAAAACAUAUCAAGUUUAUUCCAUUAAGAUUCAUGCUCUCUCUUUUAUUCAAAAAUAAAGCCUCCAUCAAUAAUCCAAAGAGAUGAAGGUCGAAGCUGACAGUCUGCAGGCAGAUAAAUUAAGACAUACUGUACAUAUGCUCCUGUGUAAAUGAUCAAAUGAGCAUUUUCCAGUUUAAGCAGCUCAGAUUAUGCACCUUUUAGUUGAUUAUUUGACCACAAGGGGGGGAACAGCAGGGUGUUUUUAGGUAGUGACGUGUUGUGUUACAUAAAACUUUUGUUUUUCAUCAUCACAAAAUGAGCUGUCUCAGUCCUAAAUGAUUAUGUCAAAAAUAAUAUCAAAGCCAUAAAUCAUUUGAGAAGCUACUUGACUAUGGAAAAGUAGUUACAUUUUACUGUGUGUGUGUGUGAUGUAACGUGAAGUGACUGCUGUAGAAAUUGUGUAUAUGUUGCUCUGCUAUCUCAGGGAAAUGAUUACAGGCUGUGCAUCUCAGUUUUUAACUUGCAUUUGAAUCUGAGAUUUUAACUCUUCUUGCUUGUAUUUAUUUAAUAAAACUGAACCAAACGUUA